AUGGAAAAAGAAAUACAGGUUGAAAGCGCUUCUCAACUAGAUUAUGAGAUAAAGCAAAUGGUUGAAAAGUUUCAAGAAAAAGAAACUGAACACACUUGGUCGGGGUUCGAUGCUGCUUUAGCUCGUUUAAUUGCUAUAACUCGAGGCAGUGCUACUCUUUAUGAGAAAAACUACAUUUCAGGAAUAAAAACUUUGAGACAACCAAUAAUAAAUUCGUUAUUAACAGAAAGAACGAAACUUUCCGGAACUGCAACAGAAUUGGUAGAAGAAAUGGCUAAAGCACUUGGAUUAAAAUUUGAUGCAUUGUCAGAAAUUUUUAUACCAUCGGUUAUUAAAUUAUGCAUGCGUACGAAAAAAACCACUCUUGUUCGAGCACAAAAAUGCAUGAAUACGAUAAUUCGAGAUUGUCGACUUCCAAACCUUAUCCUAAAAUUUAAAGAAGCACUGCAAAAUCCAAGUAAAUCAUUAAGGAAUUGUGCGGCUGAAUGGAUUCAAAUAAGUUUGGAAGUGAAUGAGGUUGGAGAUUUGAAUAAUUAUAUUGCUGAUAUCGAAUGGUCCAUCCGACAAUGUGCAUCUGAUUCGUCAGCAGAUGUUAGAGCUAUUUCAAAGCAGAUUUUUGAAAUUUAUAAAUCAAAAUUUGAUUUAAGGUUAGAUAGUGAUGUUGUAAUAUUUACUAAAAAUGAAGAUAAAGUGCAAAUAAAUAACAAUAGUGAAGACAAGGUGCAGAUAAUUAAAGACAAAAAAUUGCCUUUAAAUAAUGAUAAUUCUAAUCCAUCUGUGGAUAAGCCAUUUAUUACCGAAGAACCGUCUUCAUUCACUAUUCCACUUGAUGAACCGCAAGAUGAAGUUGUUGCUUUAUCCACAUCUACUGGGUUUGUCACGUUAAAGCGACCAAAGUUGUCAUCAGCUCAACAUCAAAAAUCUCAGCCCAUUAUUACCACUACUGCUCAAAGAGUGCCAGCUAAGCCGACUAGGGCUCAGGUGAUUAAUAAUACAUCUUCGAAUAAUCGUGACGUAGGCACUGGUACUGGAGGCGCUCAACGCAUUCGACCUAAAGAGCAUACUAUAACGACUACCGAAGAUAAAAUUAAGGCUAGUCGUAUUUUAAAUACAAGCAAGACCAAUAACAUUAAACCAUCAAGACCACCUAUUAUUCGUACAACGAGUGCACCGGCUGCUAGUCCUGCUAAAAAAAAGCCAUCACAUAAAUUCAACAAUAUUAAACCAAAGACAGUUCCUAUCAUAGGUCAUAAAACUUCGAGAGAAACAGGAUCGGUAUCGAAUUCAGUUUUUUUACCUUUGAAGGUGACAGCAACGGCUACUUCAAUGGCAGAAGGGUUAUUAACGACCGCCAAUUUAUCUAUAACGAUAUCAACUGCAUCUAAACAAUCAAAUCGUAAUAAAAUGGGAAAACCAACGUCUACAAAUGUACGACUAAUUGGUAGAAACAGGGAACGCCAGCGACAAUUUUCUCCUUAUCAAAAACCUGCUAUUGAUUUCACUACUAGAAAAUUUGGAAAAAGGCCACUACCAGACCGUGAAGAGUUGACUGUAAAAGUGAAUGCAUUAGCCAAUCACGCUAUUGAAGUAGUGACAAGGCAAGGGGAAGUAGAGUCAUCUGGUAAUUUGAAUGUUGAGAUAAUCGCAGAAGAAGAACCAGCGAUUGAGGAACAGGAUAUUGAAAAUUCUACUAUAUUAAGAGCAAGACCAUCAAUUAAACAUCAACUACCAGCAACUCAAGACAUUACACCACUUCCUACUGAACCUUCUCCUCCACUUUCAUUCGUUAAUCCUGUUAAAUUCUUGGAGGAUGUUCAAAAAGCUGAAAUUAAUGGAUGUUCCAAGGGUGAGAAUGUUGAACAACCAGAAGUUGAUAAAAUUACAUUACAAUAA